AUGGUUUUCACAGAUGGGAAACAAAGAUCGAUCGAUGGAGUUCUAAAGGUCUUCCGCCAGUUUGCAAGGCUAUCAGGUCUUCAAAUCAGUGUGGAAAAAUCGACGAUCUAUAUGGCAGGUAUAUCACAAACUGAGCGAGAAGCCAUUCUUGCAAAUUUUCUUUUUGCCUCAGGUCAGCUGCCUGUGCGAUACCUAGGCCUACCACUCUUGACAAAGUGUAUGACAGUUGGAGAUUACAAGCCCCUGAUCGAAAAGAUUCGAGGAAGAAUCAGCUCUUGGACAAUUCGACAGCUCUCGUAUGCAGGGCGUCUUCAACUAAUUCGGUCAGUUUUGAUGAGCAUAACGAACUUUUGGAUGAAUGCUUACCGUCUACCGAGUGCCUGUGUCCGCGAGAUAGAGAAACUCUGCGCUGCUUUUCUAUGGUCUGGUCCAAGCUUGAAUACAAACAAAUCAAAAGUGGCAUGGAAUAUGAUCACUCGAAAGAAAACCGAAGGAGGUCUUGGUUUAAGGCCACUCAAGGAGGUCAAUACAGUUAGUGGUCUGAAGUUGAUCUGGCGAUUACUCUCACCAAAUCAAUCACUAUGGAAGAAGUGGGUUUUUAUGUAUCUGAUACGAAAGGAUACCUUCUGGUCUGUAGGAGAUAAACAGAAUGCUGGUUCAUGGAUGUGGCGAAAAAUUCUGAAAUUUCGGCCUCGGGCAAGGGAUUUUCACCGGGUUGAAGUUAAGAGUGGCAGUAAUACAUCCUUCUGGUAUGAUCACUGGUCGUCGCAGGGGAGACUCAUCGAGUCUUUGGGAGUUAGAGAGUGCAUCGACUUGGGCAUUCCUCUAGAAUCAACCCUUGAAGAUGCAUUCCUCACGCACAGACGGCGUCGUCAUCGACAUACUCUGCUAAACAGAGUUGAAGAGGAGAUCGAAAACGCAAAAACUAACGCGGCUGCAGGUGUGGAAGAUGUGGCUAAAUGGAUGUGUAGACCUGGCGUUUACAAGGACAGAUUUAAAUCCAAAGAAACUUGGAUGAUCAUAAGGGAACACCACCUCCGGUGCGAUUGGAGCGACACUGUCUGGUUUAAAUACGCAACUCCAAAGUACAGUUUUUUGCUUUGGACUGCAAUGCACGACAGAUUGGCCACAGGGGAUUGCAUCCUAUAUUGGAAUGCAAAUGUGGACACAUCUUGUUCCUUAUGUCAUCACCCUUUGGAGACACGACAAGAUCUCUUUUUUGAGUGUGCCUAUGCGAAACAGGUUUGCGAACCACUCGUCAAAGGCAUUCUCACCAACACAUACACUUGCAACUGGGAUGACAUCUUGCGCAUUCUUAGAGACCACAACAUCGACAAAACCUCUCUAUUUAUCCUUAGAUAUGUUUUCCAAGCAACAAUCUACGGUCUAUGGAGAGAAAGGAACGCGCAGCGGCAUGGAGAAAACCCCUCUCCACCUCAGAGAUUGAUAAAGGUUAUUGAUAAGACGAUUUGA